AGCACUAGUGGAGCGAAGCGCACCAGACUGAGAGAGCGCACGGGAACUUGUAGACAACACUGUUGUUAUUAUUUCUCUAAUUUCUUCUCUUUUUUUCUUUUUUUAAAUUAAGAAAUCGGCUGAGAGUAAAUGUAUAAUUUUGAUAUGUUCAGUCCUUUGGCACAUUUUCAUCUGACAAGAGCAUGACGACUGCCGUUCAUACGACUGAUUUAACUUGAGGCUAUAGGAGAGAAAGCGAAAUGGAGACGUUUACAAUACACGACAUUCUCCUAAAUUCAACUGAUCUCAACAGAAUUUUGUGCAAUUUCGGGAUCAAGAAUAUUUCGGAGUGCGAGAGCGAGCAGGAUCCCUCACCCGAACCUAAAGAUAUCAACCAGACAGUGCGGAUCGUCCUCUACAGCCUCAUCUUCCUCCUCAGUGUCCUGGGCAACAGCCUCAUCAUCGCCGUCCUGGUGAGGAACCGGCGCAUGAGGACCGUCACCAACCUCUUCCUGCUGUCUCUGGCCGUCAGCGACCUGAUGGUGUCCCUGGUCUGCAUCCCCUUCACCCUCAUCCCCAACCUCAUGAGGGACUUCAUCUUUGGUAUAGGCAUAUGCAAGCUGGUCAUGUACUUCAUGGGUGUCUCAGUAAGUGUUUCCACUUUCAACCUGGUGGCCAUCUCCUUGGAGCGCUACAGUGCCAUUUGCAACCCGCUGACCUCCAGAACAUGGCAGACCAAAUCCCACGCUGCCAAGGUCAUCACUGCCACCUGGGUGGCUUCCUUCAUCAUGAUGCUGCCCUACCCCAUUUCUAGCACCCUUAAGCCUUUUACUCGUAUGAACAACAGCACUGGGCACAUGUGCCGCCUGGUGUGGCCCAACGACAUCAUCCAGCAGUCCUGGUAUGUGUCUCUGUUGUUGCUGCUCUUCCUAAUCCCUGGGAUCGUCAUGAUGACAGCCUAUGGACUCAUCUCCGUGGAGCUCUACAGGGGCAUCAAGUUUGAGCUGUCCAACAGGAAAUCCAGUAGAGAGAGACAAUGCAGCACUGGCAGCAUCAAGCCCGGUGACAGUGACGGCUGUUACGUGCAGCCGUCUAAAAAGAAGAGCAUCACCAUGAGUACAGGCAACUGUCCCAGCUCCAGCAGCAAGCCCAUGGUGGGCCGUGUGUGCAGCAGCAGCUCUACAGCCAACCUGAUGGCCAAGAAGCGUGUGAUCCGCAUGCUCCUGGUCAUCGUCUUCCUCUUCUUCCUGUGCUGGACUCCCAUCUUUGUGGUCAACGCGUGGCAGGCUUUCGACCGGCGCUCGGCCCACCGCCUGACCGGCGCGCCCAUCUCCUUCAUCCACCUACUGUCCUACACCUCGGCCUGCGUCAACCCCAUCAUUUACUGUUUCAUGAACAAGCGUUUCCGCCAGGGCAUGCUGGCCACCUUCAGCUGCUGCAGCUGCUUCAGGGGGAGCAGUGGAGGAAGUGGCGGCUUAGGGAGGUCAGCUGGAAGCGGAACGGCUAAAGGGGAGGCGGGCAGAUCAAGAGCGGGGCCCAAGACCACUGAGCAGAAUGGUCAUACCCCGCCAAGUGGAGCCAGCACACGCUUCACCUACACCGGCAUCCGCACAUCAGCUUGGAGUGAGCUGACUUAAAGUGGCCUGAUCCUGUACGUCUGUAUGUGAGAGCACAAGCCUGAGUGCAAACACUUGUAAGGAAUCUGUGGUGUGUUGAUUUAACAUAAAGCCCUCGCUGUGCUUAUAGUUUAUGAGCGGCUAUGUUGCUUUAGCUUGGAGUGUGACAUGACGUGGGGCUCAGUGGUUAAUGACCGUGGAGCUGAAGUGUACAUUCAGUGCUGUCACAGCAGAUCAACAGCGCCAGAUGUUUCCCUAAAGCCUGCAGUGUCCGGCGUGGCUGACUGAUGCCUGAUCAUAUAAAGCCCUGAAGGGCCACAAGUCUGACAUGGAGAGGAAGUGUUUUCAUGAAGCAGAAUAACAAUUGAUGUAGGUUACCGUUCUGCUCAUACUCUGUUUAAACACAUUGUAAUUGUACCUCCAGUGCAGCCAUACAGGGACGCAGCAGUCUCUCCACUCGUUCCAAUCAGUGCCAGACGGUUCAGCCUGUGCAAAUCAAAGAAAGAAAAGAAAGAAAAAAAAAAAACUGGUCACAACAAGGCUGUUUCUGGAAAGACUCAUUGUCGUUAUCUCAAAAGGCAGAUAUCUCAGAACAUGGGCAAAUAUAAACAUAGAUAUCUGCAUCGGAGCGACAAAGCUAAACGGAAAUUAGAAAAUAUACUCUAUUAUUAUUAUUAUUAUUAUUAUUUUAU